AUGCUUACAAAUGAGCUCAAAAAUCGAACAGACCAAGCAGAAAUUGUCUAUUUCAAGCAUCCAACCACUCAUUACAUUCAUCGUCCACUUUGGAUGCUCUAUUGGCGAAUGCUCAUUCAUACUCCAAACAAUUCACUGGUUUCAGCAUUCUCACUAUGGACUGACACGCAUAAGAACUCCAAACGGCAACAGUGUGGUAUCACUGUAGCUGGAGGAAAUCGACAAGGCAAUGGAAUCAAUCAACUCUCAAACCCAUGUGGUUUGUAUGUUGAUAAUGGUCAAACAAUCUAUGUUGCUGAAUGGUCGAAUCAUCGUAUUAUGGAAUGGAAACGAGGUGCAACAAGUGGCCAAGUGGUUGCCGGUGGAAAUGGACAAGGAAGUGGAGAUCAUCAAUUGGAUAACCCACAAGAUGUGAUUAUCGACAAAGAGAGAGAUAGUCUCAUCAUAUGCGAUUAUUCGAAUAGAAGAGUGGUUCGAUGGCCUCGUCGAAAUGGGACAAGUGGAGAAACAAUCAUCUCCAACAUCUCUUGUUGGGGUUUGACAAUGGACGAGAAUGGAUCUCUCUAUGUCACUGCCUAUGGAAAAGAUGAAGUGAGACGAUAUCGAAGAGGAGAAUCUCAAGGAACAGUGGUUGCAGGUGGCAAUGGAUAUGGAAAUCGUCUCGAUCAACUCUCUUGCCCACAAUACGUAUUCGUCGAUCGAGAUCAUUCAGUGUACGUAUCUGAAUGGGGAAAUGAUCGUGUGAUGAAAUGGAUGGAAGGUGCAAAACAAGGCAUUGUCGUGGCUGGUGGUCAAGGAAAAGGAAAUGAUCUUACACAAUUGUCAUAUCCUCAAGGAGUCGUUGUCGAUCAAUUGGGCACUGUCUAUGUGGCUGAUCGAU